AAUACGCGCCUGCGCAAGCUGUUUAAAGUGGAAGCCGACAUGGCGGACGGAGAGUGAGGCGUUCGCGGUGGCUACCAGAUUCCUGUCAACUGUCCGUUUUUUCUGAAGCACACUAGGGCCGAGAAGAAAUAACGUUCAAAAUGUCUCGACACAGAAAUGUCCGCGCUUAUAACUACGACGAAGACUUUGAAGAUGACGAUGUAUACGGGCACUCUGUGGACGAUGACUACUGUAUAUCACCGGCUACAGCUGCCCAGUUCAUCUACUCUCGGCAUGACAAGCAGGCAAGCUGUGUGGAAACCCUAGAGGAGGAAGAGUAUGAGGCUGAGGAGGAGACGCCCACGUCACCCAGUCUGAGUCACAACCUCAAUCCCCUGGACCAAGGGAGGUUGUACUCCUGCCUGGAUCAGAUGCGCACAGUCCUGGGGGACUCCACCCCAGAGUCGGUCCUUGUUCAAGCUGCUCUCAAAGUGGACUUUGACCCACAGCGUGCCCUUGACCUGGUGCUGUCUGAUGAAGGAAAAGACCGUGUCGUCCCACGGAACCAACCAGAAGCACCGUCUCCUGCUUCCAAGCCUGACCGAGACGCCUUAUUCUCUUCAUUACAGACUGAACCCCUUGAGCAGAAACAAACGUUCAAUAAACCUGCCCAGCCCUCCGGGGACAUUUACAGUCUUAGUCAGCUCUUAGCACAGCCUGACAUGAAGCCAGGUCUUCGGCGGAGCACAGCUUCCCAAAGAGAGUCCCAGGUAGGAGAAAAGGCACCUCGGCGGCUGGCUGACUGUUUCCAGGAAUCUUUAGGUAGAGCACGAGAGCCCCUGGGAAGCCAGCUGGAUGCUGAGGUGCUCCCCAAAGUGGCCCGCAUGACCGUGUCCGGCAAAAAGCAAACCAUGGGCUUUGACGUCCCAAACCCUGAGGACACUGGUGCCCCGGGGUCAUUGGUAAGCAAGGGCAUGGCGGCUGAGGACAGCCCUGGGUUGGUGUACCCCGACACCCCGGUUAAGACGGCACCCCCCUCGGCUUCAGCGGCGGGCGAGGAGCCCACUGUGCCCACGCCCAGCAAGACCCCUGGCAAGGCCAAGCAGCAGUUGAACGUGAAGGCGGAGCUGGAGAAGCGCCAGGGCGGGAAGCCGCUGCUCAACCUGGUUGUCAUUGGUCAUGUGGACGCGGGCAAGAGCACUCUGAUGGGCCACCUGCUGUACCUCUUGGGCAAUGUCAACAAGCGAACCAUGCACAAGUACGAGCAGGAGUCCAAAAAGGCCGGGAAGGCCUCAUUCGCCUAUGCCUGGGUCCUGGACGAGACGGGGGAAGAGAGAGACAGGGGCGUGACCAUGGAUGUGGGCAUGACUAAGUUUGAAACCCCGACGAAGGUGAUCACGCUCAUGGACGCCCCCGGCCACAAGGACUUCAUUCCCAAUAUGAUCACUGGAGCAGCGCAGGCGGAUGUGGCGCUUCUGGUGGUGGACGCCAGCCGUGGGGAGUUCGAGGCUGGCUUUGAAGCGGGCGGCCAGACACGGGAGCACGGCCUGUUGGUGCGCUCGCUCGGAGUCACCCAGCUGGCCGUGGCUAUCAAUAAGAUGGACCAGGUGACCUGGCAGCAAGAACGCUUCCAGGAGAUUGUUACCAAGCUUGGGCACUUCCUGAAGCAGGCGGGCUUCAAGGACUCGGACGUGUCCUACAUCCCCACCAGUGGCCUGUCUGGGGAGAACAUGUCUGUGAGGAGCACACUGCCCCAGCUCACGGCCUGGUACCAGGGGCCCUGCCUUCUGGAGCAGAUCGAUGCCUUCCGGCCGCCCCCACGCUGCGUGGAAAAGCCUUUCCGGCUCUGCGUCUCGGACGUUUUCAAAGAUCAGGGCUCCGGCUUCUGCGUCACCGGCAAGGUGGAGGCUGGCUACGUCCAGGCUGGUGACCGUGUGUUGGUGAUGCCUCCCAACGAGACCUGCACCAUCAAGGGUAUUGCUCUGCAUGAGGAGCCAAUCGAAUGGGCGGCCGCCGGGGAUCAUGUCAGCCUUACCGUGACUGGCAUGGAUAUCAUCAAAAUCAAUGUGGGCUGUGUCUUCUGUGACCUCAAGGAGCCGAUCAGAGCCUGCUCCCGAUUCCGGGCCAGAAUCCUGCUCUUCAAUAUUGAGGUCCCCAUUACCCAAGGGUUUCCAGUGUUACUGCACUACCAGACGGUCAGUGAGCCGGCUACUAUCAGGAAACUUGUGAGCGUCCUUCACAAAAGCAGUGGGGAAGUACUCAAGAAGAAACCAAAAUGCCUUAACAAGGGGCAGAAUGCUAUAGUGGAGAUACAGACCCAGAGACCUGUGGCACUUGAGCUCUACAAGGACUUCAAGGAACUGGGUCGCUUCAUGCUGCGCUACGUUGGGUCCACAAUAGCUGCAGGGGUUGUGACCGAGAUCAAAGAGUGAAGAUCAGUUUCCAUCUCAAGAGACAGAUGGAUUGCAGAAAAGUGCUGCACCUUUAUCUCACCAGACUGGCAGAAAAGUUUCACCCAUUUUUCGUCUUAUGAAAAGACGCGUCGCAAAACAAAGGCUCCAGAGCUUACACAUAACCUUCAGGACAACAGCCUGCAGAAGGUCCCCUCAUCAUUCAGCAGAUCUGUAUCUGUCCGGCCUAUGCUGUCUCCGCCGCUCCUGGUCGGCACUCUCAGCGGUCAGCCUGCUGCUUCCAUUCCCCCUCAGACAAUAUAAACAACAGCAACAACAUACCUGACAAUCCAGGGACUCUCAUAUGUAGCUUAAAAGUUGUAAUUUUGAGGUCAUUUUCAAAACCUAAUGUUACCUGCAUAAUCUCAAGCACAUGCAAAUGUAGGUUGAGUAUAUCUAUUUCAGCUGCAUAUGAAAAACACUUGAAUUAAGAACUACAAAGGUAAAUCUAUAACAAUAUCUGAGGGGGUUGGCUAUUCAAAUAGUAAUAUUAAAGUCUAGGAAUAAAUAUAAAUUGUUGCCAUUUUUGGCAUUCCAGUUGAACCUGUUUGUGAACAGGUUUGCUUGUGCUUUUUUGGAAUGGCUUAGUGAAUUUGGUCUUCUAGCUCUGUUAAUUUACCACAAAUUAAAUGACAAAUAUGGUCAAUUAAAUAUGCCCAAAGAACUAAUAGCUAAGGACAUGGUUAAGUAGACCAUGUGUCUUCAAAGAUUUCAAUUCAGUGGUUUCCCAAUGAUAAAUGCUGUGAAAAUGAAUUCCUGAAGUGAACCAUGGUCAUGCUUCGUGUCCUGGACAGGAGUGGGUAAUGGGGACCUUUUAUCACCCAGUUAGUCAAUCUUAAUGGUCCUGAUUUACAGUCCUUAACUUCUGUCUGAUGCCCACAGCAGCGGCAGGCCGCCCAAUCCAUUCCCAGCAUCCUGUAGUGCCAUAGGAAACAUAGAUGUCCAAGAACUGAAGUGGUUCUGCCAAGAAGACCAGUUUCAAUUAAAUUUGAUGUAAAACUA